UCGAAUUAUAUCAAUCAACAGGAAAUCUUAGAAGAAAAAGUUCUUAGACUAGAACUAGAACUUCUUGCCACAAAGGAAAGAGAAACAAAUCAGUUGGCCACAAAGAACGUCAUGUACAGAACGUGCAGCGAAGCUCAUGCAGCCGAUUCGUCCCUGACGAUGGGAAAUUACUGGAUCGAUCCUGACGGUCAGGGAGUUGGGGACGAUCCCAUUUUCGUCUACUGCGACAUGGCCACAGGGAAAACAACCAUCCUACACGACAGCGAAGAUUCGAUAGACGUAGGAUAUUGCACUGAUCCAGGUUGUUAUUCCAGAGAAAUUAUCUACAACGCAACUAUGAGGCAAAUGACAACGCUAGCUGAACUCUCGAACGAAUGCCAUCAGUCAAUCAAAUACGAAUGCUACGACGCCCCACUAGAGAAGGAUGGAGUCAUUUACAGUUGGUGGAAUGACAGAGAUGGAAAUCCGCAAUAUUUCUGGGCCGGGAGUGACUCGAGCGUUCACACCUGUCAAUGCGGAAUCGAGGGGAAUUGUAUCGAUUCUAACGUCAAAUGCAAUUGCGAUGCAACUGCUUCAUAUGUGUUAAACGACGACGGUGUCGUAACUAAAAAGGCAAGUCUUCCAAUAACGAAAUUAAACUUUGGUCAAACGACGACUGGUGUUCACACCCUCGGCCGAUUCGAAUGUAGUGGUGACGCAAUCGUCACCGGAUUCCCAACUUCCUGCGAAGAUCUUUGGAAAAUUGGACACAAAAUGACCGGAUUUUAUUCCGUCAUGGGAAAGAAAAUGGUGGAAACUAUCUACUGCGAUUUCACUAAAUCUUUGAGCGAUCCAGCGUUCCAGACUUGGAUUGGAUUCGCUGGUGUCCAGUCAACCUCCGUCUAUUUCUACGUUCAGAGAAACUACGAUUUCCACGGGACACACAAUCCGAUCAAUUUCGACAUCGUAAGGAUCAACACGGGAGGAGCAAUGAACGCAGGAAGCGGCAUAUUUACGGCGCCUGUCACUGGGACCUACUUCUUCUCUUUCUCUGGCGUCGCCUACAUGGUUGGAACGACAAAGGACGGAAAAUUUCAAGCAUCUCUAAGGAGGAACGGCGAACUAAUUGGUCGGGUCGAAGCGGCCAUGACUCAGGGUCUGAGUACGGAUAGCUUCUCUCUUCAAUCAACGUUGUAUCUCCAGGCCGGCCAACAGAUUUGGAUGCAGUCCGAUCAGGAAGAAUAUAUGUACUUGAUUGAUAACGGAGACCAUUAUACCCACUUUACUGGCUGGCUGCUGCAAGAGGAUGUCGCUCAAUCGCUUAAAAACAGGCUUUAAAUCGCUAUAGAUUUGGUAGAAGAAGAGUAAAAAAUAAUUUCACAUGCUCGUAGCCUACUAGCUUCAGUUUUAGACUUGCAUUAACAAUCGGUGAAAAGCGAUGAGAUUAAUGCAGCAAUGUCCUCAUACCAUAUGUUAAUCACUUCUUUGAAACUGUCCUUGGAAUGUUAAAGACUGAUGAAAUAAUAACCCUAAUGUAGCGCCAUAUAAAAUCAUUGAAUAUAGAAAUCACUCGUAAUCCAAGCAAUUACACAACUUUCAAAAAACCAAAA